AUUUUGGACGCCAUAAGCUACACCGUGAGUAACAUCACAGUCCUGGAGCCACCAGUCGAGAAACCCGCGUUGAAGCCCGUUGUAUGGCCCAAAUUAGAGAAUCGAGCAGCACAACUUAAUUGUAUUUACGGUGGUUUCGCACCCAAUCUCGAAAUAUUGCUCAUAAUGAAGCGUUUCAAGUUAUCCAAUCAAACGAAACUACCGAUUCUCGCUCGGACGAACGUUCAUCCCAAACGGCCAAACCUUCUUACCUGGUAUGAAGUCCCGAGGAGACUCGAAGGUAUCCAAUUGUUUUGUAUUGUUCGACAAAAAAACUAUACGGAUGGCGUAGAACGCUGGUUGUACGAACUGCCGCAAACCACUGAUCGGUUCAAAAUUAGCCCACCGACAAAAUUUCCCAAUUUGAAUGCAGACUGCCCAGUUGCACCAGAAAUAAACACAAAACCGAAGCUCGAUCCCAUGUCGUUGAGUAAAGGUGACCGUGUGGAGUUGAACUGCACGGCACCAACCACCUCGAAGGAUACGCCUCUUAAGCUAGUGUACACAACACCUUACCUCACAAACAUCGUCUGCAACCAAGGCUAUGCUACGGGAAAACGAGCAUCAAUCCCAUGCGUAUUUGUCUCAACGGAAGACAAAGACUGCAGCCAAUCGGAGACCUCUUCGUUCGAUUCGAGAUUCUACAGUGCCUCAUGCUCCUCCGUCCUGCAUUCGGCCACUGGACAACGGUACCUUGUUAUUCACUUGGUGAUAAUGCGACUGCGGAUGGAAGAUGUAAAUGCUCAUAUAUUUUGUGAGACAAUUCCUCUUCAAGCAGAGGGGAUUGAAGUAACUCAGAGGAGAGCGAGUAUUGUGAAACGACUGAUGUUUACGCUUACACCCAGCAUCCAGGAUUUUGUGUACGAUGACAAAACCUUCACUUGGAAAUGCGUAGCUCUAUCCAUACCACCGGUUGAAACUGGAUAUAUUCGAUUUGUCUCAUCUACGAAUACGCUCAUGUCCUAUCGUUUGAAGACCUAUUCUUCAGUGUCAACGCAAUCACGCCCAGACUUACCAUUCUCGCAUCUGGUACCAGGGAAUGAACCAGAGACCAAUGAGUUUAUGGACUUCCAGUCAACCAUCACUUUCGUCCCCAAAAGAACAUCGUUGAAUACGUUGCCUGCGGGAGAAGUGUGGAUGGAAUGUAGAUUCGCACACUUAUCAAGAAGCCUAAAAACCAGGAUCGGAGCUUACGACCGACUGCGUGACGUGCCGGAUCCCAUCCAUGAAACCGGAGAAACGUACAGCCACAUUUGUGUCAUUCCCAUUCGAAAGAAUCAAACAAUCAAGCUGGUUUCCCUGCACAGAGUGAUCCACUAUUCCUGGUUCGAUUAUGACACUACACUGCUUACCGUAUCGGUAGUCAAUCGGACAAGCAUUUUGAACAAUCCCAACGCCACAUAUAUUCGCGAGAAAAAACUCAGUGGAUUAUGGACAGUUGGACAUUGGCCUCAGGUCCGGGUGGAUCUUGGUGAGGAGCGUAUGGAACUGCUGCUGGUCGUGGAAUUACUCAACAACACG